AUGGCAUCGCCGCCGUCGCCUUCGUUCGGCUGCGAGCAGCAGCGGAGCCAUACGUUCUCCAUGCACUGCAAGCGCUCCCUUAACCCGACACUAACGCAUCAGUUUGAGGUGACGUGGCCGUGGCCAGUGCUGCAGCGCAACGAGCGCUCUCGCGUUGCCAGCGGUACUGGGGAUGCACAGGUCUUUGUGAGCUCGUCGAACACAUCGCAGGGCAGCCAUUUCAAGGAGGAGGACGAGACCGAGGAGGGCGAGGAGCCCGAGGAGGGAACCGUCAAGGAGGGCGUGCCCGGCAGUGACGCAUCCGCCGCGGUCUACAGCAGCGUAUCACCUCUGUGGCGAGAGCGACGCCGCUAUGGACGUCCAACGUUCAUCCUUGACUUCUCGAGUGACCCGUUUCUUGGCGGGCAUGAGACACGUCGCGUUGGUGUGCUUCUCUCGCCAGGUCAUCGCUGUCUCUUACCCUUGGUCGAGCUUGGCGAGCCGGAGCAGCUGCCGGACAGGGCCGGUUUGGCUUUCUGGCGCACACCCUUUAAGCCGCCUUCCCACAGGGCAGAGUCGUUGUCGUCCUCCUCGCAUCCUAGCGCCGCCCAUCCGCCGCCGUAUUGCGCCGAGCUUGUCGUCGGUGAGCUUUCCGGGAUUGAGCGGGCGGUCCGACAGCGUCAGGAGAGGGCGACUGCGUCAUCCCGACGCAACGCCAGGCAUGUGUUUAGGAGGCCGUUGUUUCUGUCUCGCAUUUCACUCGGGUCCCGCACACAGCUCAGCGCGUCCCCGCUGGCAGCCGGAGGAGAGGAGAACUUGUCGGCAGAGGACCCCAGUCGUCCAUCGCAGUCUGCAAAGCAAGAGGAGGAGACGACGCCCACCGCAGCGGUGACGUCAGCGACGGAGCGUGGUCAUGGACAGAUAGCUGCGGCAUCGAGCCCACCAACAUCGUCAUCAGCGUCACAGCGAGGCUCAGCCUUCGCGCCAAAGACGGUGCUUACCUUUUUCUUCUACACGAUCCCGUUCCGCCUUCGCUGGCUCUCACAGCUGCCGGGAUGCAUCGUUGUUUCUCUUCCAUGCGAGGAGCGGCUGCUGACCUUGCACGCACCCCAUGCGAAUGGCAACCACAGCGGCGCGCCGCGGCCAUCACCAUCGCUGGUGCGUGACGGUGGCAGCACCACGACAACUUCGAUCCUUGCCAUGUCACGGGUGCACAGCUACGCGCUUCCGCGUGGUGUGGUUCCGCUCGACAUCUCGGAGGUGUUUGACCGCCCCUUUCUCGCCAUCGGCACGGCUGAGCACGGGGUGCUGCUGUGCCACCUCGAUACGUCGACCGGUGCCGUGCAGAGCAUCGCGCGCUGGAUCUCGCUGAGGGGAUAUGGGAGUUCUCUGUACCCGGUGACGCGCCUCGCAGCGGUGUUCCCUGCACGUCAGCGGGAGCACGCGCCGGGUUGCCUCACCGACUUCCCCGCAGCACCUCCGUGGGCGCGGCACGCAGCCGCGCUCGAAGGCCUCAACGACGGCGUGCUCGUGUGCUCCUCGCUGUAUGAGGCCACCGCCGCUGUUGUCAAGCUCGGCGUGGCCGCAGAGGGUGUGGUGGAGGACUUUUCUGUUCUCCGUGGCGUCGACACGAUCCUCGACGUGAGCGCGACUGUGCAGCCCGAUGUGGGCCCACUAGUCUGCACAGUUGCGCGGAAGCUGCUACGGUUGCGUGUCGUUGACUCUGCGGCCGAGGCGGCGGAGCGGCGCGCUGCAAUUGUGAAGAAAAAGUUGGACGCCGGUCUUGCCGAUCGCGUGCGUCCAUGCCUGUCUCACGACCGGAUGGCGCGGCUGGAAUUCCCGCUCCUCCACGUUGCUUCCAGCCCUGCUGUCGUGCAGUCCUUUACGGAAAAGUACGUGAGUCGGCGCAGCUACACGAAGCACUGGCAGCUUGCAGUGGACAGCUCGAAUCGCGUGGUACUGCUAGACCGGACGGUGAGCCAAUACAUUGUCCACUCCACCUUUCAGCUCUGCCGCCGCGGCUCGGCAGCCGAGGAGGGGCGAGUGGCACCGGCCGGCUCUCUUCUACCCGUCUCCGCCACGGCGAACAGCACGAGCGAAAGGCAGGCAACGCCGCCUUGUGCAGGCGAGGAGGAGGAUGUGCUCGGCAAAGACUGUGAGGUGGCCGCAGACGACAAGGAUGACAACGUGCCGUUGUCGUCGCCUCCGUCGACGCGGCUCUCACCAACUCCUGUUGGUGGCCAGAAACGUCCGCGACCAGCGCCGAAGACCUCAGGGAACAAACGGAGGUCUGACCUGGCUGCCAAGCGUCGUGGGGCAGCGGUCGCGCCGUCCUCCGCUGCUGCUGCUGCGGCGGCGGCGGCUAAGGAGGAAAGGGACGAGGACGAGGGUGACGGCGAGGACGACGCAUCUCCUGGCAAGGUGAACUCGUUUUAUGCCUUCGCGUCGGCGAUCCCCAGUGAGGAUGCCUGCAGCGGUGUCGCGGUGACGCAUGUGCAGGAUCAGAUGAUCCAAGUGGCUGCCGCACACGACCGUGACUGCAUCUCUCUCGUCACGUGGCGCAUCGGUCUUGUUACACCACCACCACCAAUGUCCUCUGCCGCGGCAACCGCCAUAACGGCCGCCUCCGCUCCAUACGACAGGGCAGAUGCACAGCUAUAG